AUGCGUUCCAUGUCCUUUCAAGACCUUUUCCUCAAGUCUUCGACCAUGCCCGUACCCACUCGACUGUCGUCGGCCACGUCGCUGCUGUCGCCGAAUUCAGCCUGUUACGACCUCGGAGGCUACGACAUGGCUGGAACCACAGACACAACAAUUAAAAACUCCAUUGACUUCAUUCUGGAUGAAGGCAGCCAAGCGGGCAUCAAGUUAGAGCUCAGCUCCGUACCGGGAGCUAUGGACCGGGAACUACGGACCUUGGUUAAGCGCUGCUUAACGGAGAUGGAUGCUUCAUCAUCAAAGCGCAAAAAGAGGAAGGCUCGCAUCUGCAAGGAGCCUGGUUGUGAUAAAUACGUAGUGGAUCACGGUCUGUGCAUUCGACAUGGGGGUGGUAAGAGAUGCAAGAUGGAAGACUGCCAUUGUCGUGCGCAGAACCGAGGGCUCUGCUGGAAACAUGGCGGUUGUACGAUCUGCAAAGUGGAAAGCUGUGCUAAGCGCGCCAAGUCGCGUGGCAUCUGCUGGUCUCACGGCGGUGGCACACGCUGCAAGAAUGAAGAAUGCUCCAAGAUUGCAAUCUCGCUGGGUCGGUGCUGGGCGCACGGUGGAGGCAAGCGCUGCUUGAUCGAGACGUGCCAGAAACCAGCGUCCGAACGGACUAAUAACUUCUGCACUGAUCACUACACCUGGUAUAUGCAGCAUGGAGAUCCCACCAUCGUCAAUAACGAGCGGCAGUACUUGGCCCAGUCGAUACAAUAG